CCCGCAAACACCUCGCUGGGCUUCUCCCGCACCUUUUGCCCUCCUCAACGCAAAUCCGCGUCCCAUUCCCAGCUUUAUUCUGCGCCGGCUGCUUGCUCACCCUCCCCCUUUCGGCUUUGACAUCGGCGCCUCUGCCUCUUCUUGAUCAAACCCCAUCCCUGCCCGCACGCUUUAGAUCCAUCCAAAUCUGCCCACACGCCCUUGACACGACCGCUGACGACUCGACUUUCUCCUUGUUGAUACACACCCCUCGUUCGCCAUAUUACCCUCCCUACGCCCUCCCUUCGUCUCUACUCCCGAUCUUCUCUUCUUUCCUUCUUCUUCUACAAUGGCAUCGUCGGCAGCACAGGAAGAGUUCAACAAUUUGGUUGCAAACAACAGCGCCACUCCCACGACAUCCCACCCAGAAGAUCGCCAGGCCCACGACAACGGCGCAAACUCUGACAUAUCCGAAGAAGAGGCUUUCCGCAACCUCAAAAUCGACGAAGCCAUGCGCAUGCCUACUGCCUCCGGCGAGCUUAAGCUCCCCCCCGCAUCCUUCGACAGUGGCAGGACCACUGGCGUCAAGGGCGUCAUUGCCGACGCACGCAGCUACGAGUCUGCCCGCAAGCUCAAGUGGAUGGACCGCGCCAGAAAUGCCAGAAACAGCAUCCUUGGCUUCGCUGGUGCCAACGUGAGAACCAACAACAACACCAUCACAUCUAACAAGAGCGAGAGCGAAACGGACGAAGAAAAGAGCGAUAACCCAGACGAGGAGACCUUCCUCCAGCAGUGGCGCGAGAGCAGACGGCGAGAGCUCGAGAGCGAAGCCAACAGAGCCAUCCGCAACCGUAAGACUAGCCCCAGUGUCCGAUGCUACGGCCGAUUCGACGAGGUUGACGCUAUGGGCUACCUUGACGCUAUUGAGAAAGUUGGUCGCGACACCAAGGUCAUCGUCUUUGUAUACGACAGCGAAUGCGAGGUUUCUGCAACAAUCGAGCGCGCACUGGUGCCGCUGGUCAAGGAGCACGUCAACAUGCAUUUCGUCAAGGUUCACUACGACGAGAUCGAGUUUGACAACGCCGCUGUCCCUGCCUUACUGGCCUAUCGCAACCAGGGUGACUUGUUUGCCAACCUGACAGGCAUUAUCGAGAUGAUGCCUGACGACGACAGCUUCGACUCAGACUCCCUAACUCGCAUCUUCAUUCAGCACGGCGUGCUAUGAUUGUCCUCCCCCUAUUUCCUUACCUUGGACAGCCUGUACUCUGUCCGCUUACGAUGCUCCCGGUUAUGAUCUCCUCUACAUCCUCACCAUUCUCUUCUCUCUGACUCGCGAAAACUCACCUCUUUUGCGAGCAACCACUCCGUUUUGGCAAGCAGGCAUGGUCCUAACGAUCACGUCUAGUACUGCCAACCACGACAUAAUCCGUCGCCUCUCUCAUUUUCUUUGUACACUUUUCAUCGACCGGCGCUGGCGAAAUUGGAGAACCAAAACGUAUUGCACCAUGUAAUGUCUCAUCAGUCUUGUUGAACCAGGCACAACCAAGCCGCGCUUGUGUACCGCUGUCGUUGAAGCGAUGGCUCCAGUCUAUAUCUGACAGCCGUCAGCGAUCGCGACCAGAUUUCACUUCUUGUCACUCCUGUAUCUCUUUUCUUUCUCGGUUUGGAGCAUGGAUAUUGUUCUUUUCUGCUUUUGUUUUCUUGGGACAAGGAAGUUGCCCUGAUGAUUGUUGUUUUCUUACCAAAUUGCCGAGCAUGCUGCGUGUUGACCACUUUUUUUUAUAUAAACCCUUUGUAUAAUGAGCUCGAAUAUAUCAAACAAAACAGAUC